AUGUCCGAAGAUACGUCGGCUAAUCGCAAUGUCGAAAUGUGGAAGAUCAAGAAGCUCAUCAAGAGUUUAGAAAUGGCAAGAGGCAAUGGAACAUCAAUGAUAUCCCUGAUCAUACCGCCCAAGGAUCAGGUAUCGCGGGUAUCCAAGAUGCUGGCAGAUGAGUUUGGUACGGCCUCGAAUAUCAAGUCACGUGUUAAUCGUUUGUCUGUACUUGGGGCAAUCACCUCAGUACAGCACCGGCUUAAACUCUACACUAAAGUUCCGCCGAAUGGCUUGGUGAUUUACUGCGGCACCAUCGUCACCGAUGAGGGCAAAGAGAAGAAGGUGAACAUUGAUUUUGAGCCCUUCAAGCCAAUCAACACCUCACUGUAUUUGUGCGAUAACAAGUUCCACACAGAGGCCCUCACAGCUCUUUUGGCCGAUGACAACAAGUUCGCUUUCAUCGUGAUGGAUGGUAACGGAGCCCUGUUUGGCACCCUGCAAGGAAACGCUAAAGAGGUCCUUCACAAAUUCAGUGUUGAUUUACCAAAGAAGCAUGGCAGGGGUGGGCAGUCAGCACUUCGUUUCGCCCGCCUUAGAAUGGAGAAGCGCCAUAACUACGUACGAAAAGUGGCCGAGGUGGCCACGCAACUGUUUAUCAGUUCCGAUAAACCAAAUGUGGCUGGCAUAAUCCUUGCCGGAUCAGCAGAUUUCAAGACUGAGCUGUCUCAAUCCGACAUGUUUGACCCCCGCCUCCAAUCGAAAAUCAUCAAGCUGGUGGACGUAUCCUACGGUGGGGACAAUGGCUUUAAUCAGGCCAUAGAGCUUGCAUCCGAACCAUUGCAGAACGUCAAGUUCAUACAAGAGAAGAAGCUAAUUGGCCGCUACUUCGAGGAGAUCGCACAGGACACCGGUAAAUUCUGUUUCGGCGUGGACGAUACCUUGCGCGCCCUGGAACUCGGCGCCGUUGAGACCCUUAUCUGCUGGGAGAACCUCGACAUUCAGAGAUACGUGCUGAAAUCACACUCGAAGGAAGAGACCAUCCUGCAUCUGACGCCGGAACAGGGGAAGGACAAAACCCAUUUCACAGAUAAAGAUAGCGGUUUUGAGCUCGAGCUGGCGGAGUGUCAGCCAUUGCUUGAGUGGCUCGCGAACAACUACAAGUCGUUUGGUGCAACGCUGGAGAUCAUAACGGACAAGAGCCAAGAGGGCAGGCAGUUUGUGAGGGGAUUUGGGGGCAUUGGCGAGAGCUACAGUUGGUCGGUGGGUACCGAGGGCUUUCUGCGGGAGCGAGAGCGAAACAGAGGAUACGAGUCGUGCAGCAGCGUUAACAUGGCCAUCCAAGUCGCC